CUUUUCAAGGUUUAGAAGUAGUUUGAGAAAGGUAAAUAUUAACUGUAGUUUAAAUGUUUGGUGGAAGUAAUUUUGAAACCAUCUUGUCCUUGACUUUGUAAGGAGUGUUUUUUUGAUUAUCAGUGUGGUUCAUUAUUGUCAGUCUGUCAGUGGAGAUUUUCUAUUUUUUCUGGUUCAGUUUUGGAAUAUUGUGCAUUUCUAGGAGCUUACCUUUUCUCCUAUGUUUCCCAAUUUGAUGGCGUGAUGUUUUUUAUAACAGCGUCUUGCAGUCCUUUGUGUUUCUGUGGUGUCAGUUGUCACUUCUCUUUCAUUUCUGAGUUGAGUUGUCUGUGUUCAUUUACACAUGGCUGUCCUUUUGCCUUGUCUCCAUUUGUUGAUGGUGGUGAACUCUAAAUAAGACAAUGGAAGAAUAAAGUCUAAAAGCCCUGUUUUCUGUAUGGAAGUGCUUUCAUUUCUUUGGCCAGAUUCAAGUUUCUGUAAUUCGUUGGGUCCAUUUGUGAACUCUCUGUUCGAUUUCAUUUGUUUGUGUGUGUUUGUUUAUGUAUUUAUUAUAUUUUUAUUUUAUUAAUCAGGAGAAAGAAGUGCAAUUUAUAGUGUGGCUUGACAUUUAAAUCAGAAGUUUCAUCUAAACACACCUGCCCAAUAGAAGGGUGAAUGACCUGUGGAAACCUCUGAACCCAGGAGUCUGGGCUGCAACUUUGGGAUGACUUGGAGCCCAGUCCACCAGGAGGAAAAUGCUUCCCGUGUGGGGUCCUGACACCUGCAGAAGGGGCUUUGCCAUGGUUUCUUCUGGAUAUUUCUGUAAGGAGAGAGAGAAAUCAGAAGGCAACAAGCUGUUCUGAAGCAUCAGGACGAUCCUUGCCGACAUGGUAACUCGCCUCAGCGAAGAGUUGAGAAAAGGAAAAACGGAGAAGAACACUUAUGACCUGUCCAAACUACCAACUUGUGGUUCCGUUAAGACACCGAAAAGAGAGGAGGCUGAGACGAUUCUUGCCGACAUGGUAACUCGCCUCAGCGAAGAGUUGAGAAAAGGAAAAACGGAGAAGAACACUUAUGACCUGUCCAAACUACCAACUUGUGGUUCCGUUAAGACACCGAAAAGAGAGGAGCCUGAGACGAUUCUUGCCGACAUGGUAACUCGCCUCAGCGAAGAGUUGAGAAAAGGAAAAACGGAGAAGAACACUUAUGACUUGUCCAAACUACCAACUUGUGGUUCCGUUAAGACACCGAAAAGAGAGGAGCCUGAGACGAUCCUUGCCGACAUGGUAACUCGCCUCAGCGAAGAGUUGAGAAAAGGAAAAACGGAGAAAAACACUUAUGACUUGUCCAAACUACCAACUUGUGGUUCCGUUAAGACACCGAAAAGAGAGGAGGCUGAGACGAUCCUUGCCGACAUGGUAACUCGCCUCAGCGAAGAGUUGAGAAAAGGAAAAACGGAGAAGAACACUUAUGACUUGUCCAAACUACCAACUUGUGGUUCCAUUAAGACACCGAAACGAGAGGAGCCUGAGACGAUCCUUGCCGACAUGGUAACUCGCCUCAGUGAAGAGUUGAGAAAAGGAAAAACAGAGAAAAACACUUAUGACUUGUCCAAACUACCAACUUGUGGUUCCGUUAAGACACCGAAAAGAGAGGAGGCUGAGUACGUGACUUUUUGCCGUACGAACCUUAAUGAAAUGGAAACUCAUCUAAGCAAAGAGCAGAGAAAAGGAACAAUGGAGGAAAAUGAUUUAGGUCGCUUGUCAAAACAACCCAGUUGUAUCUCUGUUAAGGAACCGAAACAAAAGGAGUCUCUGUACCUGACUAAUUGCCGUUUUGUCUUUGCUGAAAUGGUAAAUCGCCUCUGUGAAGAGUUGAUAAAAGGAAAAAUGGAGGCAAACACUUGUGACUUGAAAGAACUACCACCUUUUACUUAUUCUAAGGAACUGAUAGAGAACCCGGACCUCUACCAGGACAUGACUUUUUCCCGGAUGAUCCUCACUGAUAUGCAUACCCCCCUCAGCGAAGCAUUGAGAAAAAAGAAAACAGAGGAAAACACCUGUGACUGGGCCAAACUACCAACUUUUAGUUCCGUUAAGACAACGAAACGAGAACACUCUAAGGACCUGACUCUUUGCGGUAAGAACCUUAAUGAAAUAGAAACUCAUCUCAGCAAAGAGCAGAGAAAAAGAAAAAGGGAGGAAAACACUUCUGGUAACUCGUCAGAACCAAGUUUUACUUGUGUUAAGAAAGCAAAACGAGAUGACUGUAAGGACCUGUGCAGUAUGAUCCUUACCGAAAUAGAAAAUCAUGAGGAUGCAUGGCCUUUUCGUCUUCCUGUAAACUUGAACUUUGUUCCUGGUUAUACCAAAGUUAUUAAGAAGCCUAUGGAUUUUUCCACAAUUAGAGAGAAAUUAAUUAGUGGACAGUAUCCAAACCUGGAAGCCUUUGCUGUCGAUGUCAGGCUUGUUUUUGACAACUGUGAAGCAUUUAAUCAAGACAAUUCUGAUACAGGCAGAGCUGGCCACAGUAUGAGGAAGUAUUUUGAGAAAAAGUGGACAGAUACUCUCAAAGUGAGCCGAAGCUACAAUAAUCUCUUUUCUCCUUUUCAAUAAGGACGAAUAAGACCAGCAAUGUCAACUGUAUUUUACAUAAAUGUGCAAGGCACACGCAUAAUGACUUUCUUUCUUAGUAAAAGUAUCACACACGAAAACAAUAUCAGAAGAAUGAAACCAUUUUUAAAGGCUUCACUCCUGCAACAACCAAGGCCCUUGGUUAUUGGUUUGUGUGAUUUAUCAGCUAAUUUAGGUAGAACAGGGAAGCACACCCAAAGAAUUUUCAAAGGUAAGGGUGUUACAGAGUAACAGCAAUUAAAAUAUAUCAAAUCGCACUGAAUAUUCAACACCAGAGCUCUAAUGUGGGAGGUGGUUCUCCUUUCCCUCUCAAUAAAUAUCUACUUUUCCUUUU